CAAUCUUCAGCCAUGUCCACUUAUCCACCAAGAGAUCAAUUGCCACCUUUGGGUGCCCUUGGAAUAGAUUAUACAGAAGAUAUUCAUCGUCCACCAGGAGACCCUUUAAAUGAGCUUUCCUAUCAUUUCCCAGUGAUUCAUCAAACAGUUCCAAAUGCCACUGUGCCAAACGUUGUGGCCUCUGGAAAGUUCUCAGAGGAAUUCCUUCAAGCUUUUGUGGAUGCCUGUAACAGUUUGGAGAAAAGAGGUGCAAUUGGAAUCAUAACGUCUUGUGGAUUUCUAGCUCAAGUACAACACCGUCUUGCUGAAAAAAUUAAUAUUCCAAUCGCUACAAGCAGUUUACUUCAAGUUCCACUUGUUUUAUCAAUCUUGAGCCCAAAGAAGAAAGUUGCUAUUUUAACUUUUGAUGGUGAGACUUUAGGUGAAGCUCAUUUUGAAGGAAUUGGAGUCACUCCAGAAAUGAGAAAAAGAGUCAAAGUGUUUGGCUGUAAAGAUGGAGGGCAUUUGAGAAAUUUAUGUAUUGAAGGUACCCCAUAUGUUCAUGAAGAAUUGGAGAAAGAGCUGGUUGAGCUGGCUGAGACUGCGGUAUCAGAAGAUGAUUCAUUUGGAGCUUUUGUUUUAGAGUGUACCCAAAUGCCACCAACUUCAAAGGCAAUUCAAAAAGCUACAGGAUUACCAGUUUAUGAUGCAAUCACUAUGAUUGACUGGUUUUAUUCAGGACUAAGAACACGUAUCAUACCUGAAGAUAAAUUCAAAGAGGAUGGUUUAAGACCCCGCAAGAGAGAACCAAAAGAUAAGUACGACUAAUUAAUUAAAGAUAAAUUAUCUAUUAUAUUAGACAAUAUUCAUCCAUGUAUUGUUAAUUUAAAUAUUGCAGACCGGUAUAUAGUAUUAUUCAAUAUUUAAACUUUAUAUAGCUAUAUCGACAAUUA